AUGCCUCAUGCUCGAAUCCCCCGACAGGUCAAGCCCCGAACAAGUCAGAGUCCAGAUGAUACUAAUAAUGGGGGCGAAGGACGAAAGAGCCGACUGUGUUCUGGCAAGAAGAGAAUGGCUCUGAUGGCUUGCUUACUGUUGGGUCUGUUGUCCCUGGGUGGAACUGCUCGUAACUUGAGAGAAACUACCGGUCUGGAUCUAGUAGCCUCCAUGUGGCGUUGGAGCAGGUACAGGAGUGUUGUCAGUCAGCCGUCCCAUUAUCAUUUGCUGGGCAACCAAGCUGGAGAAGAGGGAAACUUUUACGUGUCUCCAGAUGCCGCUGCCGAUAGUAGUUUACAAGAAGACUCUCCACUGCUUCCCAUGGCGUACAACAUGGAAGCCAUGAAGAAUCAUUCGUCUGUCGAUCAAUCCUUUUGUGUCCCUUGGAGGACUGCACAGACGACAACCUCCACAAGUGCCAGUCCAGCCGGAACUACUGAAGCCGAUGACUGGUGGACCCAUCAUCCGCAAUGGCAGGUCUUUUACGAAGACGACCAGGUCUAUUGCUUUCAACUCAUUCCCAAUCCAGCCAAACGAGAUUAUCUCCAAAAGUUAUACCAACUCCAAUUUCCAUCCUCCAACGAUUGUAGUAAUGUUCAAGUCAAACCCAUGAUUCAGGGAGGUUGGGGAAUGGACAUGCUCGGCAUUGUCCAUUUGCUAUGGAAAGCCAUUGACUUGCACCAACCCCAUGCCAUUGCACCCCGACCGUGGCACUAUGCCAGUCCCAAACCAUUCAAUAUACAAACGGCAGCGUGUCCUUCGCAAGACAUGUUUUGCUACUUUUUGCCACUUACCAGUUGCAAUUCCCCUGAAAACAACAAUAAUACGGUCGAUGAAAAAUGGUUCCCACGAGACGAUCAAACACGUUAUUGGAACGAAAAGGGACAUUGGUUGUACCAGUAUGGAUCACGACCCCAAGAGUGGUUGCGAUAUCGCGUCUAUCGAUUUGUCCAACACCAGUUGCACUCGUCGUGGCCUGCAGCGGCACGACUUGCCAGCAAUACUAAUAGUGAUUUCACCUGCACGGCAUUACACGUUCGACGGGCCGAUGUCAUUUUGCACAAACGAUGGAGUCGCGCCUAUCAUUCCAUUGCCGAAUACAUGAAUGUCAGCGAUCAAAUACACGACAACAUCUUUCUGCUCACGGACGACUCCAACGCGGUCGGAGAAGCCGUGCACGAAUUCCCACACCACAAUUGGAUCUACGUCGAUCGCAAACGCUACAAGGGAGCCGAAGGAGGAUGGGAGCAACAAUUGCCCAGUCAAGAUCCCGCCUUUGAAGUCACGGUUAUUUUGGGAGUGGGACGACUCGUGCAAAAGUGCGACGGCAUUGUCAAGUCGUUUUCACGCUUUGGGGCAUAUCUCUAUGGAGAAUUGCACGCGGCAAACCAAUCGGCGUGGUACAAAGACGUCGAUGCACAAAGUGGCAGUCAGUUGUUGAAUCCGCACAAUACGGCCACGAAAAAUUGA